UCUCUUAUCCCAAACUCCAAGAAAGAUAUCAUCAUUAGGGCCCCUAUUAUUCCCAAACCCUAAUCCUAGAGCACGAGGCUCGCCGGCGGCUGUCGGCGGUAACGGCAAGGCUCCGUCGCCGGCGACUCUAAUGGGGGAGGCCGCUCGCCGUAUUAAAUUGGUCCCCUGCCGCGGUAUUUAAUGCCACGAACCUGCCGUCUGUUUUGGUAGCGCUGGGGAGCAGAGACGGAGAGUGAAAGAGGGAAAGAGAGAGAGAGAGAGAGAGAGAGAUAGCAACUUAAUAAAAAGUUAGAACCGUGUAUUAAAUGCCUUCUCUCAUUGGACUUUAUUGUUGUGGCAGUGCCCACCGUCUCGCCUCACUUCCUUCAAAGAUUCAUAUCUUCUCAUAUUAAAUUAAUCCCACCCCUUCACCACCAGCUCCUCUCAAACCUUCUCUCUCUUCUAUUCCACCUCUUAAAAGUUAAAACCCUAGCUAUUAAAAAAAAAAAUUGAGAAAGAUAGCGGCCUUUUUUGCCUUCGGCUUUAAGGGAUCCAAGCUGAUAGCUUCUUCUACUGCUGCUGCUUCUGCUGCUUCUGAUCUUGUCUUCAAAUGGAGGCAAAUGAGUUUUUUUUGGCUUUGGGGAGAUGGAGAGUUUCGUGGGGAUUCAGCCUGCUUGCUUUGUCUAUGGAAUGGAAUUCUCAUUUUAGUUAAUUCGCAUCUGAUUUUGUUUGUCGGUGCAUGCAUGAGUGUCUGUGUGCAGUGCACAUGGAUGAGAUGGUGAACCACUACAUAGUUCUAAAUAUAAUUUUGCCUCCCAAUCAUUAGACAUAUCGACAAUCAUGUGAUGGUUAGCAUGGUGGAUGUAGAGAACAAGGUGGUAUGGGAAGGAGAAGAUGAUCUUAUGUCAUCUAUACAGAAAAAGGCUCGUGAAUACUCAGAUCCAUCAAAGCAAAUUUUUGUGGGCACUGAAGAGUCCUUUAGUGGACAGAUGAAUGAUGGUAAAUGUAUGGAAUAUCCAUUUAACAUUCCUGCUGAUGAAAUUAAAUUGGGUGAAAAUGAGACAGUUUUUUGCACUGAGAAAACUGUUACUGAAAUUGAACUGCCAGAGAUGAUAGGCUGUUAUAAAGAUGGUGCCUUUAACAAUAUAAAGGACAUAUGUGUUGAUGAAGGGAUAUGUUCCCUUGAAAAGAUUUUGGUGGAAAAUGAUGAGUCAAGCCAGCUGUUUCCUUCUAGUUUUAAUUAUCCCGUGGCAAGUGGAAAUAGUGCUCUGAGCAAAGAAAUGGCAGAUGCUGCUGCAACCACUGCAGAUGAUUUCAAGUCUACAUCACGUGAGCAUGUUACUUCUGUUGACAAGGAUGGAGAGGAGCAACAUGCUUCUGGGAGUUUAUCCAAAGUUGGAGCUAAGUUUGAUACAGCUAAUCCAUUCUUAAGUGAUAUAUCUGAUGAGAAUAUCAGUCUAAAACAAUACCUCCCUCUGCAUGAGUUUGAAAUAGACCCUAAGCAAGUGGAGCCAACCAAUAUUGACUGCAGCGAUGAUCAUAAACAUUCUUCUGAGAGUUUAUCUGAAGUUGGAGAUGAGUUUCGUUCAACUAAUCCAUUCUUAUGUGAUAUACCUGAUGAGACAAUCAGUUUUAAGCACUUCCUCUCUCUGCAAGAGAUUGAAACGGAUCCCCAGCAAGUGGAGCCUACCAAUUUUGACUGCAACACUGAGCAACUGGCUGAUCGUCAAAAAUUUAAUCAGGGUGCACUGGAAGAGGAGUGCUUUAUAACCACAGCUGUGCCAUCUGAUGCCAGACAAUCCAACAACAGCUGUGGGUCCAAGGAAAAUGUUACUAUUUGUUUAUCACAGGGCACAGUGGAAGAGGGGUGCUUGAUAUCCACAUCUGCUUUAUCUGAUGUCAGAGAGUCUGGGAAGAGCACUGGGGUCAAGGAAAGUCCUGCUAAAAGUUUGUCAGAGGAUACAUUGCAAGAGGGCUGCUUCACAUCGGCUUCAUCUGAUGUCGCUGAGUCUGAGGAAAGCAGGGAAACCAAGGAAAAUCCCAGUAACAAUUUAUCACCGGGUCUGUUAAAAGAUGUUUGCUCUCCGGAUACAGCUGUGCCAUCUGAUGCCAAAGAGGCCAACCAAAGCAGUGGGACCAUGGGAAAUCCUGCUAAUGCUGAGUUGGAAAGUGGAGUCUCCGGAGCAGCAUCCAUAAGUGGCCAGGAGGAGAGCAGCCAGAAAAUAGACCGGCAGAAAGAUGGACAGGCUAAAAGUGAUCCGGUAACUGGUGAGGCAUUUUCUGAUAAUGCUACUGCCUCAGCUCGAAGUUUGUUUGUUCAUAAUAAUCAUGGAGACUUAAACUUCUCCGAGCCUGUUUGCUUGUCAGGCCCAAUUGCAUCAUCAGGGCAUAUACCAUAUUCAGGUAGCAUUUCUCUUCGGUCUGAUAGUAGCACAACCAGCACACGUUCCUUUGCAUUUCCCAUACUACAGUCAGAGUGGAACAGCAGCCCGGUCAAAAUGGCAAAAGCAGAUCAUAGUCAUUUGAGGAAGCACCGAGGUUGGAGGGUGGGACUUCUUUGCUGUAGAUUCUAGAUCCACAUCAUUCCCUUAUUCAGUUUAUUCCAUUAUACAUCAUUGUGAUUUUGCAUCAUGAUGUUAGAUCCCUUGAGGUUCUUUUUCCCCUUUUCCUUUUUCUAUCCUGCUUCUUUAUUUGUUCUAUAGCGGUUUCAGAGUGUUGUGGCAUGGGAUAAUGGUUUGUAUCAUGUAAUCAGAGAUGUGGGUAAUAUCUUGUUUUUACUAUAAGAUCUUUGAGUAGUUCUGCAUGUACAUCUCUUCGUAAAGAAAUGAUUCUGUUGUUUGAUAGAAGA